UCUCUCUCUCUGUAUAUAUAUAUAGUAUAUAUACGGUGGCUGCUCUUAAAGAGCUGUCUUUGUUUACUUAGUAAAUUUGAACGUCCUAACUGAACUUUUCUUUUUCACUCUCUCGCUCGACACCUCUAGAUCUCUUCUCUCUUCAAAUAUACAUCCCUUCAUCAAUACAUUCUCUCUCUGACUCUCUGUAUUGGUUAUAGUCUUCUCUCCUUUAAUCACAAAAAGGAGUGACAAGUGUGCAGGGAUGGAUCCAUCAAGUGCACCUCAUCAUCACCAGGAGAUGAGUUCCCAGACAGUACUAGAAAGCUUGUUGGUUUGCACAAAAGCACAGCAAGAGAAGAAACCAAAGCCUCCUGAUCAACAAGCUCUAAAUUGCCCUAGAUGUGACUCCACCAACACUAAGUUCUGUUACUACAACAACUACAGUCUCUCUCAGCCAAGGUACUUCUGCAAAUCAUGCAGGAGGUAUUGGACCAAAGGUGGAACACUGAGAAAUAUUCCAGUGGGUGGUGGAUGCAGGAAAAACAAGAGAUCAUCAUCAUCAUCAAAAAGGAGCCAAGAUCAACCACUCCCAAACAAUCCCAACUCUUCCUCAAAUCUCCCACCCUUCUCUUAUGACUGCAAUGACCUCAGCCUUGCAUUUUCUAGGCUCCAGAAGCAAGCAUCUGGGCAUUUAAGGUUUGAUCAUGACCAUGAUUUCUCAGAAAUGGGUAACCCUAAAAACACUUAUUUUGAUAGUUUUUUGGGAAAUUCAAGUGUGAACACUUCUGCUACAACUCCUGGAUUUUUUGGUGCACCAAGGACUGGUUUUUUUGAAAACCCAAAUGGGGUUCCCAAUUUGUACUAUGGAAACAUGGGGCAUGGUGAAAAUGGUGGUGUGGGUCUCAAUUUUAGUGAAGAAAUGACAAUGCCAUAUGGAGAAAUGAAAGGUGCCACAACAACAGCAACAACAGUUACAACAGUGAAGCAAGAGUUAUGGAAUGGGAGAGAAGGCGAGAAUAGGGUGUUGUGGGGUUUUCCAGGGCAGUUUGGUGGAGAUGGAAACAUUGGUGAUCUUGAUUCAGGAAGACAAAGCUGGAAUGGUCUUGGUUCAUCUUGGCAUGGUGGACUUCUUAAUAGCCCUCUCAUGUAGAUUUUGGAAAUUCAAGUUUGCAGAAAACAAAAGAAAGAGAAAAUAAUACAAUUUGGUCCUGACUCCUCUCGCCAGACUCAAAUCUUAGUUUAAUCUUGAGUUUGUAUAAAGAAACUUUACUUACCAGAGUUUUGUCUAUUCUUGGUUGUCUCUUUUAGCUUUCCUUCUUUUUUGUUGAGUGUUAAAGUAAUGAAAUUUACCGUU